UGUUGGAUGUUCCUUCUGAUGUGACCCCCAUGGGAUUCUGCAGCAGAGUAGAUGAUGUUGGUCUCAAAUGUUUUUGACCACCACACCUCCAGGCUCCAUCCAAAUAAACAAGUUUUUACACCAUCCUAAUCCAUCUGGUCUGCACCCAUUAAUACUUGGAAGCCGAUUAAACGUUAAAGCUAAGAUUUUUAUGGAGGUUUUAAUGUUUUUUCCUUGUCUGGGAUUUUCAUAUCUCUCAUAAACAGAAAUCAAACCCAUUUUCUUAGCUGUGUGUAUCUCUUCCAUUCCUCCUCAUUUACCUCAUUUGUUUCCAGCUCUUCUUCCCCCUAAUCCCUAUAAAGCUAAAGGAUCACCGGAUCACCCCUCUUCACCUCCAUUUCUUCUUCUCUUUGCUUUUUUUUUUUUUUUCUUCCCCUUAUUUUCCUUUUUCUAAUUUCAAAGAGCCAAACAGAAAGUGUACUGUCGUUCUCUUCAAUCAUUACGAAUGUCAAGAGGAAAAUUGCAAAAGUCAAUAUGGAGGGAGGGCCACAGGAGGAGCCCGCGGAUAUCGCAAAAAACAACUGCUAGUACUAGUAGUGCUAGAGCUAGUGGCGGGGCUCUUGCUACAAGUGCACAGGAAAUGGGCAACGGUCAGGAACCAACCUUCCAGACAAGGGAUAGAAAAAAGAUAAAACUCAGACCAGUUCAAGAAGUUGCGGCUACUUCUCUUUCAACCCGAAUACAAAAGGGUGGCAGAAAACCCAAUUAUGAGGAUCAGGAUUCCAAGAAUGAUCAACCAGUUGUUGGGCGGAGUGAAGAUAGCCCAAGACAUGAAUAUCAUGCUACCAAAACCAGUCUACCAUUCCGUGUGCCAUCUGCGCCAUGGAUGCCAGAAAAACGUGUUCUUGAGCUUAUCCUCGACAUAUUACAAAGGAGGGAUACCCAUGAGAUAUUUGCUGAACCAGUUGACCCAAAUGAGGUUGAAGAUUACUACGAAAUCAUUGAAGAGCCUAUGGAUUUUGGCACCAUGAGGGCUAAACUUCAUGAAGGAAUGUAUCGAAGUCUUGAACAAUUUGAGCAUGAUGUAUUUUUAAUACCCAAAAAUGCGAUGCAUUUUAAUUCUUCAGCUACCAUUUAUUUCAGACAGGCCCGUGCCAUACAUGAACUAGCUCAGAAGAUUUUCCACGUUCUGAAAACUGAUCCUGAGAAUUUUGAAUUAGAAUUCUCGGAGACAAGAAGAAGAAGAAGAAGAAGAAGAAGCGGUAGGAGGCUCCAAGUUGAAGCUAGGGGUUCAAUUAAGAGCUCUUGUCCUAAGCUUGCUACAAAUGAAAAAUCCAGUAGCAUGACAACUGAUUUAUCCUCAAAAACCAUGCCAUCAUUUGGCAAUUCAUUGAAUCUCAGGAGAUGUUUUCAACUAUGCUCGCAGUACUCUAGUACUGCUACUUGUAAUGAUGCAAUAGAUCAUGAAGUUCUUUCUGGUGUAGAAGAUGGUAGAAGAUUUAGAUCUUUUGCUGCGGAUGGGCGAUGUUCAUACAAACCUUGGAUGUCUUUCCUCAAUGAGAAUGAGUCAAUUUUGUCAACAAUUUAUGGCACUCUAAAACCACUUGAGCAUGUGAAUCAGCAAGAUAUCGGUUAUAGGGAAAGUUUGAUGUUGUUUGUUAAAGAUUUGGGACCAACAGCCCAAAUGAUUGCUGAACAGAAGUUACUUGGAUUGUCAGCUGAGGCUUCCAAUUACCAGACUUCAAACUACUGGUUCCAAGCUCAAAAAUGUCACACUGAUAUGGAAUCUAACUCCACCGAAUUGGGGUGCAGUAAUCUUAAUACGAUAAUCACUGCCCCUAAACCUCAGAACUUCAUCAGAAAUUCAUGUGACAGAAUGAAUUUGGGGGAUGCUAACAAGGGAAAAGAUGCUAAUAUUGGUGACAAAUUGGGUAUCCCUGGUGAUACAGUGGAAGUGACACCGAACGGUAACCAAAAGAAUGCCCUUGGUGCUUUAAAUGGGGAAGUUCAUGCCAGCGAUGAGGAGAAAAUUCUCGGUAUUUUUGGCAAUGACAAAAUUAAUGAGGAUCGGAGUUGCAAGGUUCAAUUGGGUUCAUAUUCCUUCACUGCUGGUACUGGAGAUUUGAAUUGCUUAGUAGCUAAAUUUCAGAACACGGGCAGAAAGCCGACCAUACUGGAAUUGAACAAGGGCAUUUCGGAGCAUCAAGCACAGUUGGAGUCACCUUCCAAGUGUUCUAACUCAGAUGUGUCAGAUUCUCCAUUAAAAAACAGUUCUAGUUCUCCAACUUCAUGGUCUCUACGAAACAUGGGCGAGAAUGGCAUGUCAAGUUUUAGUCAAGCUAAGGGCUCCAUGCAGAAAUCGAGUUUGGAGUAUCUGACGGGUCAUGAUCAAGUCAUAGCUGCAGGAGGCCCUAGUUAUGGAGUCUGUAGCUCAUCCGAGGCUGGCCAAACCUUGAAGUCAUCAGACCAACAAUUUAUCUUUGAUCUGCCAUAUUUAAGAACACGGCUUGACCAGAUGAGUUAUUGGACCAGCUCUCAGCCUCGUAGUGAUGAUCAACAACGAUCUUCAUUAGAUACUCAUCAUACUGAUUUAGCCCUUCAGCUGUAAGAAAUAUGUAGGACUUAAAGAAGCCUUUUUUCAAAAGAAGAGAUAGAAAAAGUUAAAGUUGAUUGCCAAAAA